AGUUGGGAGAGUCGUGGAGUUUGACUCUGGUUGUUAGGCGGUCAGUGGUUAAAAGUUCAUUAUUUCGAGUUGAGCUGACGGGAGGGUGGUCACAGCGAUGUUCUCCACUCUGAGGAAGCUCUUCUCCUUUAAGAAGGAGCCGAAAACCCCCUUGGGGUUUUGUGAUGGCCCAAGUGGUGAGAGAGAGACCUUGUUCUGCGGUAACCGCAGAAUUAACCAAUGCCAACAGCCAUAUGGGGCAGAGAAUAAAUUUCAUCGAGCAGUGUGCGAAGGAAACCUCAAAGUGGCGCUGCGUCUCCUUGCGAAGGAGGGUUUUCAAGUAAAUGAUGAGGACCCAAGGAAACGAACUGCGCUCCACUUUGCCUGCUUUCAUGGUCAUCUGCAUUUGGUUUAUUUUCUCCUAUUCAAUAAAUGCGAGAUAAACGUCCUGGAUGAUGAAAACUCCACACCACUAAUGAAGGCUGUGCAGAGCUUGGAGACAGAGAUUGUUUCUCUCCUGCUUGCUAAAGGAGCAGAUCCCAAUAUUAAGAACUGCAAUGGACAAACUGCAAUACAUCUCGCAGUAUAUGGAGACAGCCUAGAAAUUGCCAGCAGUCUUCUUGAAUUUGGGGGAAAUAUUGAAGAAACUACAGAGGAUGGGCUUACCCCUCUGAUGUUGGCACUCCAAGAAAGGAAACUCCUAAUUGCAGAAUUCCUAAUCACACACGGGGCAAAUAUUCAUGUACGUGAUGGUCAUCAAAGAACAACACUAAUGUAUGGAGUUAAGUGGGAUUGUCAAGACAUUGUUGAGCUUUUAUUGAAGAGAGGUGUUGACCACACCUUAAGGGAUGAAUUCAGAUGGAGUGCACUGCAGUAUGCUGAUGUGGGGAAACGCAAAGUAAAGAGGCUGAUUUUCAACCAUGUGGACUCACUCCUCUCAAGAACACACAACACCUUCAUAGGAAAUCAACCUACGGACAUCUUUUCAACAGGAUAUCACUUCAAUUCGGAGUCCCCGAUUUCUAUGUGUUCAAGAACUGAGGACAGAGUUAAUUUUGAAACUCAGCAAGACAUUCCUGAGAAUAUUCUGCAAAAUGGUACAGAUGACUUCCAAACAAUGGCUUCCAAACAACAUGAAAAUACAGAAGCACAAGAAGUUUGGGCCGAAAAAUGUCUGCAUCCAGAGCUGAGGGAUUCUAGUCAUCAAAUCUCCAAACCUGAGACUGAACCACAGCAAUCUCAACCAGUGUGGGCCUACAAAUGUCUGCACCCAGAGCUGCGAGAUUGUGUUCAUCAAAUCUCCAUACCCAAGACUGAACCACAGCAAUUGCAAGGAGAUACAGAUGUCUUAGAAGAACUAGUUGAAGAAAUACAGGAAUAUGAAAUGGAAAAAGAAGAAAGUCUUGAUAAAAUUGAAGAAAAUCAAGAAUUUAGUCUGUCUGACCCUAAUGGACUGAAAGAAGCUUCAGCAGAUACCCCCCAAUCAUCCAAUAUGGACAAUGAUGAACUGCAGAAAGCUUCAACAGACACCCCCCAAUCAUCCAAUAUGGACAUUGAUGGACUGCAGGAAGUUUCAACAGACACCCCCCAAUCAUCCAAUAUGGGCACUGAUGGACUGCAGAAAGUUUCAACAGACACCCCUCAGUCAUCCAAUAUGGACAAUGAUAAAGAAAAAAAUGUACUAAGGCAUAUAGAGAAAGUGAGACAUGUGCACUUCCUAACUGAGUCUGUCAUGGAAGACCAGAAGCAGACCUCAGAAGAAGAGCAGAUACAGGAUAGUGGUAGAAAAAAUAGAAGGACAUUCCUUUUCAUGUUUAUUAAGCAUUCACCCUUCACUCCUUCAUCCUCCAACCCCUCCGUGAUUGAGACUAUCAACAUUCAGCAUCCUCUUCUCUGA